GUAUAUAACAAACCCUUUAACUUGUCUCUUCCAUUUGUAAAGAUGGAGCAAGAUAUGGAGAAGAGAAAAGGAGAAAAAAGUGAACAAAGUAAUGAAGAAAAAUGGGUGCAUGAUGGUUCUUUUGAUUAUAAAGGAAGAGUUCCUCUUCGCGCUUCGACCGGUGCGUGGAAAGCUUCUCUCAUUGUCAUCAUGGUUGAAAUUAGUGAAAGGAUGAGUCACUAUGGAAUAUCAAUGAACCUUAUAACUUACCUGACUGAAGUGAUUCAUGAAGACCUCAAAACAGCUGCUAAGAAUGUAAACAACUGGUAUGGAGUAACAACUCUAAUGCCGCUGAUAGGAGGAUUUGUCGCUGAUGCGUACACUGGUCGGUUUUAUAUGGUUCAAUUGUCAUCCCUAAUAUAUAUGAUGGGGCUAUGCCUGUUGACAAUGUCUCAAUACAUCCCGAGUCUAAGGUCAUGCAAUACGGAGAUAUGUCAACGGCCGAGGAAAGUUCACGAGGUGGUUUUCUUUCUUGCGAUUUAUGCUAAAUCCUUGGGAACGGGAGGAUUUAGGCCAUGCUUACAAAGCUUUGGCGCUGAUCAAUUUGAUGAUGGUCAUUUGGAAGAAAUGAAGAAGAAACUGUCUUUCUUCAACUGGUGGAACUUUGGAUUAUGCUUUGCAGUGUUGAUUAGUUCAACAGUGAUUGUUUAUGUUCAAGAUGUUGUCAACUGGGGAGUUUCAUCUCUAUUACUUACUAGCUUUAUGGCUAUUGCUGUCAUAACUUUCUGGAUAGGCAAGCCGUUUUACAGGUACCGAAAGACGGAAGGAAACCCUCUAUUGCCGAUUUUACAGGUCCUAGUUGCGGCCAUAAGGAAAAGGGGUUUGCAUUGUCCUUCAAAUCCGGAUUUAUUGUAUCGAGUUCCAAUUUCAGAUCAGUCUCAAGGAAGACUUCUGAGCCAUACCAGAAGAUUCAGGUUUCUUGACAAGGCUGCAAUAAUCGAAGAGGAAUACGUUGAGCAGGAAGUAAAUCCAUGGAGAUUAGCAACAUUGACAAGAGUGGAGGAGACAAAGCUUGUAUUGAACAUAGUUCCAAUAUGGAUAACUUUGUUAGCAUCUGGAGCAUGUGGAGCACAAGGCACAACUUUCUUUGUCAGACAAGCAGCUGCUACAGAUUUAAACAUAGGCAACGGUUUCAAAAUUCCGCCAGCUUCCCUAAAUUCUGUUUCUGCCAUUGGCACGUUAAUCGGUGUCCCCAUUUACGAUAAGGUUUUUGUUCCAAUAAUGAGGAAAAUCACCGGAAACGAAAGGGGGAUCAGUAUCCUUCGCAGGAUAAACAUUGGCUUGAUACUCUCCGCCAUGAUAAUGGUUCUCUCAGCCUUAGUAGAAGUUAAGAGACUUAGAAUGCUUGAGCACGAAGUUUCGAGAACAGGGGAAACAGAGUUAAACACUAUGAGUGUGUACUGGUUAAUACCACAGAACUUGAUCGCUGGCGUCGGGGAUGCGUUUUCUAUGGUUGGUAUGCAAGAGUAUUUCUACGACGAAGUUCCCGACUCAAUGAGAAGCUUGGGAUUGGCAUUGUAUUUUAGUGUGUUUGGAAUUGGAAGCUUCUUAAGCACUUUUUUAAUCAUUGCGGUGGACAAUGUAACGGCGAAGAGUGGCAAAAGUUGGAUCGGGAAGGAUAUAAACUCGAGCCGUUUGGAUAAGUUUUAUUGGUUGUUGGCAGUUAUAAGUUUUUUGAAUGUGUUAGUCUUUGUCUUCAUAGAAAAGAGGUACAUUUAUAAGAAAGUACAGAUGAAAGCUAUGGAAACCAAUGGUUACAAGAGUGAUGAUGAUGACAGCAUCAUGGAGGAUACUAAGGUCUAGUCUUAUUUUAUAUAUUCAUGUGAAUCAAAUCUUUGAUUCAUAAUGUAUUUAUGUAAUAAUUUGAUUUAUAAUAUCUAUAAGGAUUGAAAAUAUGCAAA